AUGAGCAGGCAGUGUAGCUCCAGGUCGGUGUGCCGGGGCGGAAGGGGCUUUAGCUCUGGCUCCGCAGGCAUCGUCAGCCUCCAUCGCAGGUCCACCAGCAGCUCUGUCCGCCGCAGUGGAGGAGGUGGCGGGAGGAUUUCAGGAGGAUUCUGUGGUGGAGGUGCUGGAGGUGCGGGUGGUGGCUUUGGCAGUCGGAGUCUUGUUAAUCUUGGUGGCAGCAAGAGCAUCUCCAUAAGUGUGGCUGGAGGAGGUGGACGUAGUGGGUUUGGCGGUGGUGGUUUUGGCGGUGGUGGUUUUGGUGGUGGUGGCUUUGGUGGUGGCGGCUUUGGAGGUGGAGGCUUUGGUGGUUUUGGCAGUGGAGGUGGUUUUGGCAGUGGAGGUGGUUUUGGAGGUGGUGGAUUUGGAAUUGGUGGAUAUGGGGGUGGCUUUGGGCCUGUCUGCCCCCCUGGUGGCAUCCAAGAAGUCACCAUCAACCAGAGCCUUCUGCAACCCCUCAAUGUGGAGAUUGACCCUGAGAUCCAAAAAGUCAAGUCUCGAGAAAGGGAACAGAUCAAGACACUCAACAACCAAUUUGCUUCCUUCAUUGACAAGGUGAGGUUCCUKGAGCAGCAGAACCAGGUGCUACAAACAAAAUGGGAGCUGCUGCAGCAGGUGGACACCACCACAAGAACCCACAGUUUAGAGCCCUACUUCGAGACCUACAUUUCCAACCUCCGAAGGACAGUGGACCAACUGAAGGGCGACCAAUCUCGCAUGGAUUCGGAACUGAAGAACAUGCAAGAUCUGGUGGAGGAUUACCGGAACAAGUAUGAGGAUGAGAUCAACAAGAGGACCAAUGCAGAGAAUGAAUUUGUGACCAUCAAGAAGGAUGUAGAUGGUGCUUACAUGACUAAGGUGGACCUUCAGGCCAAAGUUGACAACUUGCAGCAAGAAAUUGAAUUCCUCACUACACUCUACCAAGCAGAGUUGUCUCAGAUGCAGACUCACAUCAGUGAAACCAAUGUCAUCCUCUCCAUGGACAACAACCGCAGCCUGGACCUGGACAGCAUCAUUGCCGAGGUCAAGGCCCAGUAUGAGGACAUUGCCCAGAGGAGCAAGGCUGAGGCUGAGGCCCUGUACCAGACCAAGUAUGAAGAGCUGCAGGUCACUGCUGGCAAACAUGGUGACAGUGUGAAAACCUCAAAGAUGGAGAUUUCUGAGCUGAAUCGGGUGAUCCAAAGACUCAGAUCUGAAAUCGACAGUGUCAAGAAGCAGAUCUCCCACCUGCAGCAGUCCAUCAGUGAUGCUGAGCAGCGUGGCGAGAAUGCCCUCAAGGAUGCCCAGAACAAACUGAAUGAGCUGGAGGAUGCCCUUCAGCAGGCCAAGGAGGACCUGGCCCGGCUGCUGCGUGACUACCAGGAGCUGAUGAACACCAAGCUGGCCCUGGACAUGGAGAUUGCCACCUACAGGACCCUCCUGGAAGGAGAGGAAAGCAGGAUGUCUGGAGAGUGUGCCCCCAACGUGAGUGUGUCUGUGAGCACCAGCCACACCAGCAUCAGUGGAAGUAGUAGCCGAGGAGGUGGCGGCUAUGGCUCUGGAGGAGGUGGCUAUGGCUCCGGAGGUGGAAGCUAUGGCUCUGGAGGUGGCGGUAGCUACGGCUCCGGAGGUGGCAGCUACGGUUCCGGAGGUGGCGGCGGAGGCGGCAGCUACGGCUCUGGAGGCCACAAAGGUGGCUCAGGAAUGGGUGGCGGCAGCUCUGGCGGCCGGGUUUCCGGCGGUGGUAGCUCUGGAGGCAGCUACAGCUCCUCUGGAGGCCGGGGAUCCAGCUCUGGGGGUGUCAAGAGCUCUGGUGGCAGUUCUAGUGUGAAGUUUGUUUCCACCAGUUAUUCCCGAGGGUCCAGAUAA